GUGAGCCUUUCAAGGUCAUUGGUGCGGUCGCACUCCAUUAUUAGUUAGUGGUGCUUUAAGUUUGACCUGGCCAGCAUUCUUUCACUUCGCUCAAAAGGCCCGUAUAAGCUAUUAAAUAACCUUAUGGAUAUUAAUUAUUGGGACUGAAACAAAAGCGGCAUUUUCAGUUUCUGUUGCUCAACACAUUAGGAUGUCGCGCACAGAUCUUGAUGAAUGGUUAGCUCUGCAUGAAAGUGUUGUGAAAAUCAACAAUGGGUUAGAUCCCAAAUCUGGAUUGGAGGAAUCAGAUGAAAAGCGUAAGUGCCUUAGGUUCUUCAUAUUCUCAAGCCUUCACAAGGGCAGAGAUAUCGUACAUUAAUAAGCUGCUGAACUGUAAUUUAUUUGAGACACGUGAAGCAGAUUUUGAAUUGCUAAGAUCUGAUCCAAAUCAUCCCCUACACUCAGCUCGCACAUUCCAAGAUUUGAAUUUGUAGGUAUUACCUGUUAACAGUAUAUCUUCCUACAACAGGAAAGAACCACUCCUCAGGGGUAUCUCAGAAAUGCGCUUUUACAGGCCAUCCACUAUCCAAGAACGAGCUCUAGCUAGUUUAAUAUCUGAUAACCCACAAAAUAUGAUAGCUCAAUCUCAAUCUGGAACUGGGAAAACAGCAACAUUUCUGAUUGCAAUGCUAUCACGCGUCAGCGCAGAUGUUCCUUACUGUCAAUGUCUGUGUAUGGCUCCUACACGUGAACUUGCCCUACAGAUAGAUUCAGUUGGUCAAAAGAUGGCACAAUUUAUGACUGGAGUAUCGUUUGCUACAGCUGUUCGUUCUCCACGAGCCAAAAUUAAUUCUGAUGGAUUUAUAAGUGAUCAAAUUGUUAUUGGUACACCGGGUACAAUUGCAAAUUGGUUUCGUGGUACAGGGCAGUAUCGUAUUGAUCCUACUAAAGUAGUAAUGUUUGUACUAGAUGAAGCUGAUAUUAUGAUUGAAGAAGAAGGCUUUCUGAAUAUUUGUAUGCGAGUUAAAACCAAAUUGCCUAGAAAUUGUCAAAUCUUGUUAUUCUCAGCUACAUAUGAAGAUUCUGUCAUUGAAUUCGCGCAUGACUUUGUCCCGAAUCCAAUAGAAUUUCGUAUAAAGCGUAGUCAACUCCCGUUGAAGAAUAUUAAACAAUUCUAUAUGUGUUUUAAUGAUUGGAUUGAAAAGUAUCAAGCCUUAAAAGAUAUUUAUGGUGGAUUUGCAGUUGGUCAAGCGAUUAUAUUUUGUGCUACACGUAAAGAGGCGUAUUGGUUAGAUGGUAAAAUGAAUUUGGAUGGGCAUAAGGUGUUUAUCCUUUCUGGUGAUUUGGAUGUUUCAGAUCGUGAUAAAGUUAUCGAAGAUUUUCGUUCAUCACGUUUUAGAGUUUUAAUUACUACUAAUAUCUGUUCACGAGGUUUGGAUAUUCCACAGGUGAAUUUGAUUAUUAAUUGGAAUAUGCCGACAACGCGGAGUGGUAAUGCUGACUGGGAGACGUAUUUACACCGUAUCGGAAGAUCAGGUCGAUUUGGCAAAGAAGGUGUAGCAGUCAAUUUUAUAACAAGUGAUGAAAUGUAUCUGAUAAAAGAAUUAGAAUCACAAUUUGAAAUAGAAAUUCCCGCGUUGACAUCUGAAGAUUUAAACAAAUUUUGAAAAUAUUCAUAUCGACAGUUAACUGGUUAAAGCCCUUGCCUUAUUUCAAUUUGUUCAUUCGUAAAUAUUUUUUUGAUUUUGGUCUUUUUCCACGUUGUAUAUACAGUUAUAUAAAUUCCUUAGAUCUCUGCUCUACUAUACUUUGUGCUUUUCUUGAUAAGAAUCUUUUCUCCUUUUUUUCUACUUUUGAUACUGAGAGUAAUUAUCAUUAUUAUUAUUACUUUUUAUUUUUUGUCAUUUUUUGCCUUUGUCUUAUUUAUUACCUUCGUAACCUAUAGAAACAGACGCAGUGAAAGUUGAAUUGUUUUUACGCCUACUGUCGUUGUGUGGUUGUUGUUAUUUGUCUCGCCUCGCUCUCUCUCUCUCUGUCAUGAAAUUAUCCAAUAAUUAAACACAUACCACUUUCUUUUUUUAUGAUUUAAAAAUGGCUUACACUUUAAUCACAUAACCAAUUAUUUCUUCAGAUGUUAUAAUACUAAUUGAAAUUCUAGGAGUCAGGAGUGAAGCUCUAUGGGGUUCUCCUGCAUGACUUAUUAGUUUGGCGACAAGAAUCAGUUAACAUGUGAUCAGAUGACUGUAAAAUUUCAUCAUCUUUUUCUCUUUCCACCUCGGUUGAAUCGCCAACCAACCAAUCAGAAUGCUUGUUUUCUAUUGACCUGUAACAACAGAAGACAAGGGCCGGAAACAGAUCGUUUUAUUACAGAAAUCAGCACGUAUUUAUAUAUAUAUAUUUCAUGUACAUUAGUAUAGCUUAUUCAAGCAGGUAAACACAGUCUUCUGAUUGGUUGCUUCUGGUUUCUCGGAAAGUUAAGCCAUAUAUUUGCGAAUCUUGUUAGCCCACGUUAAGUCUGCUGUGAUUGGUUGUUGAAUCAGCCCUGUUCAUAUUUUCUCACUGCCGAUAUUAGUGACCCAGACAUUGACGUGAGUUAAUGUUUACCAAGUGGCUAGCAGCCUGCUCUCACCACACUUGUCCCCCCGUCAAAUAGUUUGGACUGAAUUCGGUUUGAUCUUCUUGGUGCUAUUCCCCUGCGUCGGUGGCACAGCAGUUAGGACUCUCGCCGAUCAUGCACAUGGUCCGUGGUUCGAUCCCCUGCCGGCGCACACCUGAUAUCUACGAUCAGUCUGUGAAAUUUGGGCUACCGAUAUCACAUGCUGAAAAUUCUAUACCUGUACCAAAAAUAUGGUGUGGAAUCAAGCUGUAAUCAAAAAUAAAAUACUACUCACUAUGUGGUGACAGCAGGCUGCUAGCCAAAUUGGUAGGCAAUUACUUAUGUCAAUGUUUGUGUGGCUAAUAUUGGUCGUGAGAAAGUAUGAACAAGAGUGAUUCAACAACCAAUCACAACAGACUUUGCGUAGGCAGAUACAGUUAACAUAUAGGUGACCUAACAUUCAAGAAACCUUCACAAAGAGAUGCAAAGUCAGCUUUCCGUGAGAAACAACCAAUCAGAAGAGUGUGUUUGUUUGCUUGAAUAAGCUAUAAUAAUGUACGUGAAAAUAUAUAAAUACGGGUUGAUUUCCUUAAUAAACUAUCUGUUGCCUG